CAGCUUUUCUCCUUUCUCUAGAUUCAAAGUUCUUUAAAAAAAAAAGCUCAAAUCUUUGGGUUCUCUGCUUCUUUGGAUAUACCCACAUAUUCUAAAGACAAAUCCGAAGUGGGUUCCAAAACAAGUGACAAAAAGACUCAUAAUUUCAAGAUUCUGGUAUUGAAAAUGAAGAUCAAAGAAUCAGAAAGGGUAGUGGUAUCUAAGCCAGUUGCUUCAAGACCUAUUUGUUCAAAUUUCAGAUCUUUUACAGAACUUCUUGCUGGAGCCAUUGAUUCUUCCCCACCUUCUGAUCAUGUGAUUCCUAUUCCUGCCAUUAGACCAAAGACAGUCAGGUUAUCAGUCUCUUCUUCUUCAAAGAUUCAGCCUGAGUUUUCAGGAGCUAAUGUUGUUCACAAACCGUUGGCUAAAGUCUUGUCGAAAACAAACUUUUCAUUCUCCACUAACAUGGGAAGUAGUUUCAAUGGUAAUAAUACUCAAAUUCCAACUCCAUCUCCAAGUUACCAGAAUCAAGAUCAAUCCAAAUCAUUGGAGAGUUUGGAAGAUGGCGAGGGUAAAACAUCGUGUACACUAACUACUACGACUGAUCGUCCCUCUAACGACGGUUAUAAUUGGAGAAAAUAUGGUCAGAAACAGGUUAAAGGAAGUGAAUUUCCGAGGAGUUACUAUAAGUGCACUCACCCGAAUUGCCCGGUUAAGAAAAAGGUGGAAAGGUCAUUAGAAGGUAGUGUAACCGAAUUCGUGUACAAAGGCGAACAUAACCACUCGAAACAGAAGCUUCAAAACCGCAAUUCAUUAGAACAUGGAUUAAUUGAUGAGGGUAAUAAGAAGAGAAAGGAAGGCUUGGGAAAUCAGAAUGAGCAGGCUCAUCAAACCGGUUUGGGGACUCCAGAGAAUUCUUUCUGCCCGAGUGGGGAUUGUGAAGAAACCGAGCCCAAGGAAAACCGAAGAAGAAAAAACGAAAGUCUUGAGUGUAGCAAAGGGUAUUCGAUUGUUCAAAAUUCGCCCGAUCCUGAUGUUGCGGGCGAUGGCUUUCGCUGGAGAAAAUAUGGACAGAAAAUUGUGAAGGGAAGUUCAUAUCCAAGGAGUUAUUAUAGAUGCACAAACGCUAAUUGCAACAUGCGCAAAUACGUAGAAAGGUCAUCGGACGAUCCGACAGCUUUUGUUACUACUUACGAGGGAAAGCACAAUCACGACGCGCCGACUACAAGCUCGAGAGCCUCCAAAUCCACCGCAGCAGACAAAUAAUGAAUGAAUUAAGACAUAUGACAUAAGCUUAUUUAUUCUAUCAUGAAUUAUUAACAUGUUAGCUAAUAGAGUUUUUUUUUUAUAUCUUUUGUUGUUAUUUUCUUGGCUUACCAACAACACUUUAAUAAUAUGUUAUAAUCAAGUGAAAUUAAUUUGAUGGACUAAUAUACUAUU